GAAAAAAAAAACUUUUUAAAAAAAUAAUAUUUGUAUGUCACUAUAGCCAAAAGUAAGCAAGGAAAAAGGGGGGUGAGGGGAAGAGGAAAUGAUGCAGUUCUGGUUAUAAAUGAGGCUGGUAGACUUGAACCUUCCUUAUUUCUUCUCAAGUGUCAUUUGGUUACAGCUCAUGAGGUGUCCUGCUCUAUGGUGUUGCUAUGGUGAUGUCAGUCAAAAUGGCUCCUCUUCCUCUGUUCAUUCUCCUCAUGAUUCAAGGAGUUUUCAGUGCUGAUUGGGGUGUGAGUUACAGUCCUUCACACAUCUGUGCAGUAAAGGACUCAUCAGUGAUAAUGAACUGCACUUAUACAUACCCUACUGGACAUAAGAUCAAGAAAGUGUUCUGGACCAAAGGCACUGUAAAAAAGGGUAAAGAGUUUCCAGAUCUGUCUAAGGACCCUGAAUACAAACAGAGGUUUAAGUAUCUGGGAGAUAAACUGAAGAACUGCACCAUCAGACUGAGUCAUGUGACACUGAAGGAUUCACACGAGUACUAUUUCAGAUUCAUCACUGAUAAAGAUGUGAAAUGGACUGGCACUCCAGGAGUGACUCUUACUGUCACAGAUCUUCAGGUGGAGUCUCCUGAGAGAGUGACAGAGGGAGAUUCAGUCCGUCUGACAUGUAAAAGCAGCUGUAAUCUGACUGACAGAGCAACAUUCAUCUGGUACAGAAACUCACAGCCAUUAACUGAGAGAAGAGACAGAAACAAUGAACUCCUGCUGCAGUCAGUCAGAAGAGAGGAUGCAGGCAGAUAUAGCUGUGCUGUACACGGACACAAUUACAUCUCUCCUGCUGUUGAGCUCAAUGUCAUGUAUCCUCCAAAGAGUGCCUCAGUGUCCAUCAGUCCAUCUGGUGAAAUAGUGUCAGGAGAUUCAGUGACUCUGAGCUGCAGCAGUGAUUCAAACCCUGCUGCUCUGAACUUCAGCUGGUUUAAAGGAGGAACGUUUGUAGGAUCUGGAAGAAUCUACAAAAUCUCAAAGAUCAGCUCUGAUGACAGUGGAGAAUACAAGUGCAGAUCCAUCAAUGAACAUGGAGAGAAAUACUCUGAUGCUGUGACUUUAAAUGUCAUGUACCCACCCAGGAACGUCUCAGUGUUGCUAACUGGAUCUGGUGAAAUAAUGUCAGGAGAUUCAGUGACUCUGAUCUGCAGCAGUGAUUCAAACCCUCCUGCAAAUAUUAGCUGGUUUAAAGGAAAAACGUUUGUAGGAUCUGGAAGAAUCUACAACAUCUCAAAGAUCAGCUCUGAUGACAGUGGAGAAUACAAGUGCAAGUCCAUCAAUAAACAUGGAGAGAAAUACUCUGAUGCUGUGACUUUAAAUGUCAUGUACCCACCCAGGAACGUCUCAGUGUUGAUAUCUGGAUCUGGUGAAAUAGUGUCAGGAGAUUCAGUGACUCUGAUCUGCAGCAGUGAUUCAAACCCUCCUGCUCUGAACUUCAGCUGGUUUAAGGAGAAUGAAAGCUCAGCUGUUGGAUCUGGACAGAGUUUCAGUGCACUACAGAGUGGACGCUUCUACUGUCAGGCUCACAAUCAACAUGGAUCUCAGAGAUCAGACGCUGUAACUGUGACUGUUAAAGACGGUUUUGUUUCAGGACACAAUACAUUCCUGAGCGCAGCUAUUGUGAUCGUAGCUGUAUGUGCAGUUUUAUUUUUUGUCUGCAUCAUCAUGUUCAUAAGGAAGAGAAAAUGUGCUAGAGUAUGGGAAGUCAAACAGAAGCAGGUUCAACAACCUUCCAGCUCUGACGGAAACCACUGUGAUGAUGGUCUGUACGCCAGGGUCUCACCCAGAACCAGAACAGAUCAGACCGCAGGAAAAACUGAGUCCACAGAUUCUCAGAAAAUCAGCUACGCAACCAUCCAAUACACCAGGGACAAUGAAGACACGUAUGAAAAUCUGAGAAUGGACCAUCCUGAUCCUGCUGUGAGAUCCGGUGCUGCGAAGGUGAUUUACAGCCGGAUCAAAGGACCCAUCCAGGACCCGUCAAAUUGAUUGAAAAUGCUGUCAUUUUUUCCAUUCAUUUACUGCAGCUUUGAUUCAGAUGUUUAUAAUAGCGAUUUAAAUGUGUGUCAUUACACUAGUUAAAUCAUUUACUUCUCCUUCGCUGUUGGCCGUCUGUAGGAAGUAUCAGUCAGAUGUACCAAUACCAUAGGCUACAAAAUUUUCCAUGGUAGUUAUUUACAUCAUUGUGUAGGUCUUUGCAAGACUGUGGUUUGGUGCGUCUGUGUGGGAAGUUACAGAAUCUACUAGCUAAAAUUAAGCACCUUUCGAAACACUUUCUGUUAAUAGCAUGUUUUGUGACAUUUCUGAAGUUUUGUGUAAUUUUCCAUGAAUUGCAGUCUCUCUGUUAUUUUGCCAUCUUGUGCCUUACACACACACACACACACACACACACACACGUAAAUAUAUAUAUAUUCAUAUGUUUUGUAUAGGCUAUCAGUAUAUUUUAAGACUUAAAGAUUAUGCAAUAAAAUGUUUUUGUUUGUAAUACGUAA